CAAUUCAAAUAGAAAUUUCAAAACAAGUAGAAACAAUGCAGGGCAAUUCAGGAACUUUUUUAUGAUAAUAUCGACAUCUAAUUACUGAUAAUCAUUAAUAGUGCUCUAUCUUAUGUUCAAAGUUCAAGAUUAUGUGCUCACAUUUUUCAAAAUGUUAAACUCGUUACUUAUUAUGUCAAACUCGUAACAAUUUAACCUGUUUUAAAAUGAGAAUGCAAUGUUUGUGUGAUUCAGUUUGUUACAAAAAGUUUUAACUUAUAAGAAAAUGUAUAUUGGUGAAUGUGAAGAAGAUGUUCGUUUGGACGUAGUAAAAUCAUUGAAAAGUUUUGGCUUGAAAUACAGAUUGAAGAACUUGGACAAAUCUUCAUCAAUGGAUGAUUGUACUUCAGACAAUCGCUUAUUCGGUGUUCCAUUGACGUACCUGAGGAAAGAUUUUGUGCACCUACCACAGGUCAAAGACACAAUAUGUAUUCCCGAGUUCAUCGUUGAAAUCUGCAACUACAUAGAGGAGAAGAUUACCGUGGAAGGAUUAUUUCGAAAGGCUGGAUCUACUGCCCGACAAAAGGAAAUUCGGGCACUGCUAGAUAGUGGAGAAGGAAUUGAUCUCACUGCUCACCAUGUUAUCGACAUAGCAAAUAUUCUCAAGGUGUUUUUGAGGGAACUACCAGAACCAUUGAUACCCUACAAGUACCACGAUACAUUUUUAAGAUGUUUGGGAUUACAGGACAGAAAAGAAGAGGCUGUGAUUUUGAGUUGUCUUCUACUUCCUCAAGAACACCUCAACACAUUAGCGUUUCUAAUGAUGUUUUUGAACAAGGUUUCUGCUCAUUCUGAGUUGAACAAGAUGGGCGUGAGCAAUUUGGCCAUUAUUCUUGCUCCCAGUGUAAUGCCCGUUCUAACUCCAAAACUAACUCCUGAGGGAAGUCAAAUCAUCAAUCAACACGUCCAAAUUGUUCAGAUUCUGAUUCGAAAUUCGGGACUGAUUGGAGUGGUUCCAGAGCAUAUUUUGUCAGGCGAGUUGAGUUUUUCAAGUGCAUCCUUCCAAGAAUCUUUCUCGAAUAAAAAUACAGCAAAAAAGAAGAAAAGAUUAUUCCAACUCUUAAGGCUGGUUUACACGUCGCCAAUUGGCGAGACAGUGUUCUUUGGACAAUUAUUGUAUGUGGACAAUUAUUGUCCAAAGACAAAAAUGUCUCGCCAAUUGGCGAUGUGUAAACCAAUCUUAAAGCUACGAAUGUUCAUUGGAUUGCGCAAAAUUGUGAGCAGAGGCUCUCCCGGCGCAGAGGAAGCUCGCACUCCAGACUUUGACAAACACACGCCGUGCAUCAUGUCUGGCAAGAAGAGAAAAGUCAAUGAACCAAUCAUCGCUCCAAUGUCCGCUAAGAAAAAGAAGGAAGUGCUUAUGAAUCUACCUCAGGGCUCUCUGCUGCCAGAAACACCAUUCAAGUCAUCAAGAAAUCAUAAAAAUGAAAACUUGUCGCCAAGAAUAUUAGUUGCUGGACAGAAGCCAGGCAAAAGUAAAUCACCAACCUUCAAGACAAAAAGAAGAUUCUUCUUCAGGCGCAAUUCCGAAGGGGAAAUUCGAGAUAAGCAGUCAAAAUCUCUUUCUUCAAGUGCGUUGAAAAUAUCCCGUCUGAGUCUUCUAGGAAAAAGCGGGCGGAAGAAAAAGGCAAAAGAAGAAACAGCUGAAUCUUGUAAUAAUAGCAGUCUGAUGGCAACAUUGGAUUCUCAUGAGAGCGCUUCAAGUCUAGCACACGAUCUCUCGUUACAAGAUGCCGUCUCUCCAGACUACGUCCGUGUUCCAAAAAGCGAGUAUGAAGCUAUCAAAGAAAGAGUAUCCAAAAUAGAAAACAGGUUGUCCCAUGAAUUCGAGAAUAUUAUAGGUGUGAAUAUUAGUGAUUACGAAAUGUCGCCUGAAAAACAGAUCCAAGAACAGAAACGCUUAUCGUCCGCCCAUGGUGUACAAAAUAUUUACAAUAAAACGUUGAAAGAAUCCGAAAAACUGAAUAGUGUUUCCACUGAGGAAUUAGCGAAUCUUCUAAGUCAAGAAUUGAAAAUACGGCGUAGCUCUUCAAAUAAAAUAAUGCGCUCGCCUAGUGCACGAAAAAUAGGAUCAAUCCGAAGGAGGUCAAGAGAUAGUGCGUCAUUGAACAAUGUGAACAGCAGUGAUAAAAUGGGGGUUCAGCCAUUCUACGCGGGCAGGAGUCUCAGAAGAGGAAAGCCCAACACUGUUCUGAGUGGACUUCCUCAUCCGAGCUCUUUGGUGCCGUCAACGCAUUGCACCAGCUUUGAAUCGAAGCCCGGCGACCACUUUGGUGUUAUGACUCGCAGUCAAGCCCGGAGAGCUUCUUCGUUUCAUGGACAUUCGAUCAACAUGCCUCCAGCAAACAAUGUCAAUGUUGUUGCCAACAUGCCAAACAACAACUCAGCUUGGCGCUGUGCUACGGGAUAUUUCAACAACAAUGAGGAGCAGGUCGAGAGUGAAGGCAUACAUGAAGAUGAAGCUAACGAUAAUAGACGGGCUUCGAUAGCAAAGCUGCGAUAUCAGAAUGCGGGAAUGGUUCUGGCCAAAGCCAAACUGUUCAACAACAUGAAUACUGUCGGCGAUCCACAUUUCACUGAUCCAACACAACACAAAACAACAAGGCCACUGUCGAAAUCUUUCAGGCAUAACGAUCUUAAAAGCAGUAGGUCCAUCAGGAGAAAGCGUUCUGAUCGUAGGGUGUAUGGCAACGAAAUGAGACCUAUCGACUGUCGAAAUAAUCUGAAAGAAGAUGAAUCGAACAGACUGUUUUCUUCAGAGAAGCUGAACUGUGAUGCAGGAUUGGGGAAAAGAGGAUCGCUCCAAGAGAAGGAGAACAUGAAGAUGCAGCUGCCAUUACAGGUGCAGCGCUUGAGGGGCAGUGUUGUUUCGCCACUCAAGGAUUGCAACCGCACGCCGACCAUCAAGCGCGCCCUCACCAUUGGGGCGUCACCACACCGGGUGAGGCAGGCGGCCAGUGACUACAAGAUGCACUCGCGGUCGACCCCGGUCAAGGCACUCACCAUGGGAGCGAUGCCUCGCAGGUCUCCACGGCUCAUUCAAAAGUCAAAAACUACUAAUCUAAAUAAAUAAAUGUAUUCCUCUUUCGAAAAUUAUACAUCUCAAAAUAAUCUUCAGGCUCUGCAAAGGCUAAAAAUAAACUAUCUACUGGUGAUAUUUUACAAAGUUUUUCCAUUUCUAUAUUAUAAAGCUAUCAAAAUCAAAAAGUUUUCUUAGGAAAAAAAUUUUGGGACAGGACAUUUCAAAUUCGGUAAGAGAUAAUCAAUGAGAUUCAGAGGAUAAAUUCUUCAUGGUAUUGUUGAUUGAAUAAAAUGAAAAUUUUCUGAAAAUAUCAUUUUUUAAAAAUGUUAUUCAAUUUACCAAAAAUAACUUUUAGUUGAGUUAUUUUUGGUCAUGUUUAGUAAAUUGAAUAAUUUUCUCAAAAAUUGAUAGUUUUUGUUUAAUCAAUCAACAAUACAAUGAAUUCAUCCUCUGAAUCUCAUGGAUUUAUCUCUUACUGGAUUUGAAAUGUCCUGUCCCAAAAAUUUAAACUUUAGGCGCUCAUAUCUCAUAAAGUAAUGAUCGGAAAAAAUGUUUUCCUGAGAAAACUUUUUCAUUUUGAUAGCUUGAUGAUAUACAAAUCGAAAAUCUUUGAAAAUUAUCACCAGUAGAAAGUUUAUUUUUAGCCUUUGCACAGCCUUAAACAAAAAAAAAAACCAUUCUUAUUUCUAUGGAUUUUAUACUUAUAAUGUUGUGUUCCUAGAAAAAUUGUUCUUUCCGAAAACUACCAAUUAUUAUUUAGUCUAAAUUAAUGAAUUUAUUUCGCUCUCAAAAAUUAGGCAUCUCAAAACGAUCUAAAAAAUAAACCAUAUUCUUAUUUCUAUGGAUUUUCUACUCAUAAUGUUGUUUUAAACGAAUUGUACUUAGUAAUAUUUAUCAUCCCUAAUCUUUUUUUAUUUAUUACUUAUCUAAUUUUACUGUACUUCUCACUCAUGCAUACUGCGUUUCUGUAAUUAAUUUAAUGUCUUGGUGUCUUAUUCAAACUUGUUUAGUUGAACAUUUUAAAUUAGUUUGAAACUUGUUUUAUAGAAAUGUGUUUUUAGGCGAAUAUUUCAUCUUAACUAUUCCCCUACUCUUACAUCUAUGUACUUAAUUUUUCGUAGUUUUUCAAUUCUAAUUUUUACGCUAUCAAUGAUUUUAAAACUUACUUUUGUAAACAUUUGAAAACUAUUUUUAUACUGUGACCUUUAUUUUAUUAAAAAGUUUUUAAUUGUUCCACGGA